UCUGUUCCCCUUUUUCUCUGUGAAUCCUUACCUUGCAGAGGAAAUAAAAGCAGCCAUGGCAUUUACCACAAAAAGGAUGAGCAGUGGAGGCUCCGGGAUGAGCAUGAGUAGCUUCAGUAGUAGUGGUGGUGGUGGUGGUGGCGGCGGCGGCGGUGGCCGAUCUUACUCCUCAAGAUCGAUGGUUGUCAGAUCAGGACCGAGGAUGUCAUCCGGCAUGUCAAUGAGCAAGCAAAGCAUCGGUGGUGGUGGCGGCUACGGUUUUGCCUCUGGUGGUGGAGGUGGUUUCAGUAGUGGAAGUAGUUUCGGUGGUGGUGGUGGUGGUGGUGGUGGUUUCGGCGGUGGUUACGGGCGGCGGUGGUUUGCCAGCGGCGGCGGCGGUGGUUUCGGGGCGGCGGCGGUGGUUUGGGGCGGCGGCGCGGGCGGCGGCGGUGGUUUCGGUGGAUGCAUGAUCGCACCCAUCACAGCCGUCCAGUGCAACCAGAGCCUGCUGUCCCCCGUGAACAUUGAUAUCGACCCCAACAUCCAGACCGUCCGAACCCAUGAGAAAGAGCAGAUCAAGACUCUAAACAACCGCUUCGCCAGCUUCAUUGACAAGGUUCGCUUCCUGGAGCAGCAGAACAAGAUGCUUGAGACCAAGUGGAGCCUGCUGCAGGAUCAGACCACCACCCGCUCCAACAUUGACGCCAUGUUUGAGGCCUACAUCGCCAAUCUGCGCAGGCAGCUGGAUGGGCUCGGCAACGAGAAGGUCAAGCUGGAGGGAGAGCUGAGGAACAUGCAGGGCCUGGUGGAGGACUUCAAGUGCAAAUAUGAAGAUGAAAUCAACAAGCGUGCCAGCGUGGAGAACGAGUUUGUGCUUCUCAAAAAGGAUGUAGAUGGCGCCUACAUGAACAAGGUUGAGCUGGAGGCCAAGGUCGACUCCCUUCAAGAUGAGAUCAACUUCCUCAGAGCCGUCUUUGAGGCGGAACUGCGUGAGCUCCAGGGACAGAUCAAGGACACCUCAGUCAUUGUGGAGAUGGACAACAGCCGUAACCUGGACAUGGACUCCAUUGUGGCUGAAGUCAAGGCUCAGUAUGAGACCAUCGCCAAUGCUAACCGUGCAGAGACUGAGCAGUGGUAUCAGCAGAGGUUCCAGGAGAUGCAGACCAAUGCAGGCCAGGCCGGAGAUGACCUCCGCAGUUCCAAGAGUGAGAUUGCUGAGCUCAACCGCAUGAUUAGCCGCCUCCAGAAUGAGAUUGAGGCAGUCAAGGGACAGCGCGUCAACCUGGAGGCCCAGAUCGCUGAGGCAGAGGAGCGCGGUGAGCUGGCCGUUAAAGACGCCAAGGCCCGCAUCAGGGAUCUGGAAGAUGCCCUGCAGAGAGCCAAACAGGACAUGACCCGCCAAGUCCGCGAAUACCAGGACCUGAUGAACAUCAAGCUGGCUCUGGACAUUGAGAUCGCCACCUACAGGAAACUGCUGGAAGGAGAGGAAUUAAGAAUCAACACUGGCGGUGGAUCUGCAACCAUCCACAUUCAGAGCUCAAGCUCCGGUGGAGGCGGAGGCGGAGGCGGCGGCUAUGGCGGCGGUGCCGGUGGCGGCGGUUUUGGCCUCGGCUUUGGCGGCGGUGCCGGUGGCGGCUAUAGCAGCGGCGGUGGCAGCAGCUUUAGCGCCGGUGGCAGCAGCUUUAGCAGCGGCGGCGGCUAUGGAGGCAGCAUGUCAGGGGGAGGCUAUGGAGGAGGCGUGAGCAUGGGUGGCGGCGGCGGCGCCAUCAUUUCAAAAAUGAGCAGCAGCAGCAGCAGCUCACAACGCCGUUUUUAAAAACAGCAGCCGUCUUUCUCUCCAUUCUUCUUCUACCCUCAUUUUGUUCUCCUCCUCAUGUUCCCCUCCCUCUCUCCCUGACGACCACUUAAAAAGCCUCCAAAUAUCCCCAUCACCAUACUCCCUGGAGACGUGACAGCCUCAGAAAAAUCUGCAUCUGACCAUUACCAGCAGGCAGAUCCACAUAAUGAAACAGCUAUCUGUUUUGUUUUUUUACUGGGUUGCUGCUCCCUCUUUCGCACCACAAAACUUAAGAGAGUCAAGGCAGAGGCAGCGUAAUUAGUAGACCACGAACAAAGAGCAGCAGAAAUGUGAGUCAGCCCUCUCUUCCUUAGAUCAGUUCAGUUAGCCUGGCUGUCUUUUGGUUGCUGGAUCCGCUGUCAUGCAGACAAGAGGAUACUUGUAGUGUCAUGACAGAGAAUCCUCAAAAGGCAACAAUACUUGCACACAAAAUACCAACAGCAGUUCUUGGAUUUGCACUGAAGGAGGUCAGGAUGUUGAUGUUCUUGCAGUUAUGAAGCACACAUGGCAUAACUCCUCUUCUCUGAAAUGUCUAUUCUGUUGUCUCACAUGUCAUUUUGUUGUACAUUUCGAUAUCACCAAAGCAGCCACAUAUAACAUUCUCCUAUUUGUUUGGGAGCCUCUUUUCUGGGAGAACCAGAUUUAUUAUGAACGUGUAC